UGCUCUUCCCAGCACUCUUCCACCCGAAGGAAACGGCGCGCGGUUAAGAAAAGCCCCACGCCUCCUCCUCCUCUCGGUUUCUCUCCUCUUUCUCCGCCACCAUGGCGUCUUCCUCUGGCUCCAGUGGCGGCAGAGAAGACCCCGAGGUAGGAUUCGCGAAGUUACAGGGAGAGGAUUUCGAAUACUACAUGCAGACAUAUUCGAUCGUUCUAGGGCGGAACAGCAAGCGCUCGGAGGUGGAUGUAGACCUAGCGAUCCUCGGCGGCGGCAUGAGCAUAUCUCGCAAGCACGCACGCAUCUUCUACGAUUUUACUCGCCGGAGAUUCGCCCUCGAGGUUCUUGGGAAGAACGGAUGCUUGGUUGAAGGCGUCCUCCACUUGCCCGGCACGGCGCCGGUCAAGCUUGAUUCGCAGGAUCUUCUUCAGAUCGGGGAUAAGAAGUUCUAUUUCUUACUUCCUAGUCGUUCUUUGUUCGCGUCCUCCACUGUGCCUCGGCACCAGGUUGCGGUUCCAAUGCAUAUGCCCCAGUCGGCGCAGUUGAUUUCUAGGGGAGAGGAACCGACCUAUUGGCGUGGAGACGGUGAUGAUGGUGAGGAGAGGUAUGAAGAGGAAGAGGAGGGGGUUUUGCAGAGAAUUAGGAGAGAUGCAAGGGAUGUGUAUCGAGCAUCAGCUGCAAAUUCCUUGAAAAGGUCAAGAGCUAACAGAGAGGCAGACGACCAUCAACUUAUGCUGUUAGAAGAGAAAGAUGUUCUCACUUCUGUGGCCUCCAUACUGUCCUACACAUGUCAUCUUGGAGAAUGGAUGUCUCUGGCAAAACUCCAUAAUGAGAUGGUAGAACAGUAUGGCAAUCUAUGGCAUCACAGCAGGAUCAGAAGAUAUUUAACUUCCGAAGAUUGGCCUCAGCGAGAAACCACAGGAAGGCCAUGGUAUGGUCUAUCGAUGCUCCUGAGAAAAUAUCCGGAGCACUUUGUAAUCAACACAAGAACAAAGGGAGGUGCGACUGUCGAGUUUGUUUCCAUGGUUUCUCCCAUCUCUUAGAUUCAUUCAAUGCACCUUCCUUUUAAUUUAAAGAUUUUGAAAGUUAUUUCAUUUUUAUUUAUGAAAAAUAAUGUA